GUCCCAUCCUCUUCCCUUUCCCUUCCUUUUUCUAUUUCCGUAGAAUUACAGAUACCUUUCCCUAUAUAAACACCCUUCAAAACUCACCAUCACUCUGUUCUUAAUUUUACGCCCAUUUAGCCCUUUUCAACUAAGCUUCUUACUCAUCCCGCGAUUCGCUUUCGACAUGGAGCAGCUGUACCUUGUUCCAGAUGCUGAUGAAGGAGUAUCCCAUGGCUUUGAAUGCAACAUAUGCCUAGACUCAGUUCAAGAUCCUGUUGUAACACUUUGUGGUCAUCUCUUCUGUUGGCCCUGCAUUUACAAAUGGAUCCAUUACAAGAGCUUGUCCUCACAGCAACAAUGCCAGCAAGAGGAAUGUCGAUGUCCCGUUUGCAAGGCCGAGGUCUCCCACGCCACGCUCGUCCCACUUUACGGCAAAUUUCAGACUACACCUCCCUCCAAAACUAAACCACCAUCAAAUCUUGGUCCAGCCAUCCCACGCCGGCCUCUUGGUCCUGCCUGUGGGGCAGAGCCACCAGCAUCUCCAAGCGCUCAGCUUCAUCAUCACAACUAUUCUCAGUCACACGACGAUUACAUCGCUUCAUCGAUGCUUAGCUCGAGCAGUAUUACAACGAACAUUAUCCAUCCAGUGAUCGGAAUGUUCGGUGACGCAGUUUACACAAGAACGUUUGGAAACACGACAACAAACCUUUAUACUUAUCCUAAUUCAUAUGGUCAUGUAAGCAAUAGUAGUGUAAGGCUGAGGAGGCACAUAAUGCAGGCUGAUGAGUCGCUGAGCAGAAUCUGUUUCUUCCUGUUUUGUUGCUUAGUGUUGUGUCUUUUAUUAUUCUAAGCCGCUUGCUUUAGAUCAUUUCUAGCCAUUGGAUGUAUAUAUAUAUAUAGAUAUAGAUAUAUAACAUGUCAAUACGAGCUUAGUGUAACCAUGAAUGGAUUCACAUUGCUUUGAUUUGGACAUUUCGUAAGCAAUCGGUAAGGUGCUGCAUUUGUGA